AUUAACACACGUCGAAGAUUUCAACAAUCGGUGUUAUCCGCCACAACUAAAUGAUGGCCAGCCUCAAGUGGAUAGCUAUUCUACAACUCUUAAUUAUUUUGGGUGCUCUUGGGAAAGACGAAGUUGAAGAACUUACCGAUGUGGUACAGGAGAAGCUUUAUGAGGCUAUCUCCAAAACUGGAACUGCGAUCAAAUCCGGAUCGGCAAGUCUUGAUAAAGCCGUGAAUAACGUUAUAAAAAUGAAAAAGGGAGCGGCUAAGUCGCUUUUGGAUUUAAUUAGCCAACGUACCUUAAAGGACGCACCCGCUUCCUUAUCAUCAUGUGCUGAGGGGGCUUUAAAUUGUGAAAUCAAAGGGGUGCAGGUCACAGGAUCCACACAGCAACCAAACACCAUUACUUAAUAUACUUUGUAUUUCACGUGAAUAAAGCAAAUAACUAUA